AUGGCCGACUGGGCUAAGCUCAAGGUCGUCGACCUCAAAGCCGAACUGAAGCGACGAGGUCUUCCUCAGGGAGGGUUGAAGACAGAGCUUGUUGCGCGACUGGAAGAGGCUGAUCAAGAAACCAAGGAAGAGGAACCGGAGCCGGAGCCGGAGCCGGAGCCGGAGCCGCAUACUGAAAAGCAGAUGAAUCAUGAGGCGCCGGCAGCCGAGUCCGAGUCUUUGCAGCCUGUCAAUGGCGAUGCCGCCAGUCAGGCAGAAGAGGAACAGGAGGUGCAGGGGCAGACCAAGGAUGGACAAUCCGUCACACGGGAUGCGCCAGAAGUCGAACCAGAGCAAACACCCCCUCAACCCCCGGCGACGACACAAGAGCCGAGUCCUGCACCAGCACAAAAGGAAGAAUCACAGCCCGAACCAAGCCCUCCGUCUCGAGACCCUCGGCCCGCAGAUGGCGACGCUCCCAUGGAUGAACAGCCCAUCCAAGACCCGGCCGUCGAAGCUUCAGCCGAAGCGCAAAAGCGCAAACGACGCUCUGCCAGUCCCACCCCCAAAGAGGAAGAUGUUGCCAGAAAACGGGCGCGAGCAGACACCGGGCUUGCUCCUAGGUCAUAUCAAAACCAUUUCCCGGCCGAGGCCCGCGAUGCCCCAGAGGCAGAGGUAGACUACGACCGACACGUCGAACCCUCGAUGCACCCGGCCACCUCAGCCCUCUGCAUCAACAACCUCAUGCGACCUCUUCGACCGGCUGAGCUCCGUGCACACAUAGUCGCCCUCGCUUCCGCGCCCGGCACAGGCUCCACCGACGACAUUGUCACCAAGUUCUACCUCGACUUCAUUCGCACUCACGCCUUUGUGGCACUAGAAUCCGUAUCAGCUGCCUCACGUGUUCGCCAGCUUCUGCACGGCCGUGUUUGGCCCAACGAAAGCAACCGCAAGGCACUGUCGAUCGACUUCAUACCACCCGAAAAGAUAGAUUCCUGGAUCGACAUGGAAGAACAAGGUGGCAGACGGCCCAGUCAUCGAUGGGAAGUCGUCUACGCCCCCACCGGAGACGGGAGCACCAUUGAAGCAAACCUCGUCUCAAACCCAGUUUCUUCGUCAUCCAGCAAUCGUCCCCCUCCGCCCACGAACCCCCCAUCCGUGGCAACAUCAGCGCCGGCGCCAGCACCAGACAGCAUCAACUCUGCCCCUCUCGGACCCAGAGGCACCUUCACAGACUCGGCUCCACCAACUGGUCCCCGUGGUCCUCGACGCCAGCAGCCACCACCUGCACCGCAUCCCCCGUCCGGCGAGGCACAAUUCACCCGUGCCCGCCCAAGUGUAGCAUACCAUCUCGUGCCAGAGGAUCUUGCCCGUCGCCGCGUCCAAAACAUGCGCGCCUUUUACACGCGCGACCUGAACCGAGACUUGGGCCGCGAAAUCAACAGGUACUCGUUUGAAGAUUCAGACUCGUUUGUCGACCGAGGCCGUGAAAUCUUUGAGGGCAUCCGUCCGCCUCACAGGGAGAGAGGCGGUCGCGGCGGUGGACGAGGCAGAGGCCCCGGGAGAUCCAGAGGUGGUUUCCGCCCGAGAAGUGAUCGGUAUAUUCCCGGCGCAAGAGGCAGGGACGAAGACGACCGCCGCCGGUUCUAG